UCCCACUAGCAGCACGCACCCCAAAUCAACACUUCGUAUCGGUUGAGUCAUGGACCCCUUUAAAGUGCCCAAAAAGAUGAACCGCAAUGUUCUGAAGGCGGUCAGCACCCUCCAAUCGUCGCGCACCGACUUCGUGCGACUUGAUGAUAUAACGCAGCAGGUGAGGAUCCAGACUAAGAAGUGCCUUCCAGUGGAGAACCUAGAACAGGUGGUGAAGGAGUCGCUGGGCAACCUAACGAAGCUGGGGAUCCUCAGGCGGAGGGGGUCGGAGAAGUACGGGCUCAGCUGCAUGGUCUUUGGGCGCGUGGGGAGGGCUCCGCCUGGUCCGACCACGAAUACGACUGAUGCGGCUAAACCUCGUGCACCAUUGCGCCGUGCUAGGCAGAGUGCUCGCGGAAAGCGAAGUCCCGGACACCUGGAUCCGAGUCAGCCGGACACCAAUAUGUUGAUUGAGACUCCGAUUCCUGGAAAGGAGAUGCCUAAGCCGCGUAAGCGCAUUCAAAAGAAGACGAAAGUCGCCACUCCGCAUCAAGGUCUCGACCAGCCCGAAAGGGUUGAAAGUAUGGAACUGGAUGUGCCGGCGGAAGUUCAGAAUGAGAUCACCGAUCCCCAGCCACUUUUCGGCACUCCAGGAUGGACCUAUCCGCGAGUUUUUCAGAACUUGCCAACACUUGUUAGGGAUGAUAAAGAGGACAAAAUGGACGCAAAUGAGGGUGAAGGAAAGGAAGGUUCAAUGAGUUGCUUGUUUCCUGUUCGCUCGAAUUUCGGGUCUGCCUUUGGAAGCGAGUGCGAUGUAGGAAAUCCUUCUCCAGUCCUGGAAGAAGGUCAAUGGCCAAUUGUUCGAGAAUCUCCAAUACAAGGCACUCAAGAGGCACAAAACGCGACAAGUCGAUAUCUAACUUCGUGCUUAGUAGAUAUUGACAGCACAGAUUCCCGAAAUUCGUCGAUAACUCAAGACUCAUAUCAUUCAAGCGCUUCAAAUAUGAAUAUAUCGAUCGCCCACGGAGAAAACCUACAGUCAACCGAUGGAGAAGUCCAAAUUUCGAAGUCUUUAAAUAUCCAAGCAGAGCAAUCAUCGAUCCUGCAAAACCCGCGUCGAAGCGCAUCUGAAUAUGAUUUCUAUACAUAAUUUUUUAAAUUGUUGUUCCAUUUCGCAGAAGUAAGAGUUUAUCGAAUUGUUGAUUAUACUUAAACAAAAUUCGGCAUUAAAUAUAAAUUUAAAAUGCUAUCAAAUAUAUAUUUGUUGGCUUUUGAUGCAAAAUGUAAAAA